CUACAUUUUCCGAGAAAAUGCCCGUAUUUUUCUCAUCAACCGAGAAAAAAGAAAGAAAAAAAAACAGUGAAAACUGAUUUAAGUAAAUAAUUAAAUUUAAAGCAAUAAACAAAACCCAGUUUCAUUAUUUAGUCUCUCUUUUCCUUUUUUUCUUCCCCCUUUUAAUUUCACUUUCAUGGAGAUGAAACAUUAACAUCAUCAAACCAUAACUUCCUUCCUUGUUUCUUAGAUCUCUUGCUAACUUAAACCUCGGAUUCUCUCUCUCACUCUGUUCUUUUAUUAUAUUAUUACCUGAAAUCCUUAUCUUUGUGUCUCUCUCUCUCUCUCUCUCGCUCUUAAAACUUGAUAAUUAUACGUUGUGGGUUUUGUUUGAUGAACUUAAAAGUGAUAACACAGUUUCUGGUUUAGAUUUUUUUGGAUUGUUUUAUUAUUAAGUUUUUUUGGUUAAAGAUCUGAUCUUUCACCAAAAAAUGUGGUUCGAAGCAGAAGCUUUUUUAUCUUCAUCUUUCAACAACAACAACAACAACUCUCAAAUCUUUGGAUCUUACCACAUUCUCUCUAUCCCCUUCAGAUCCAUCUUCAAAACCUAAAAAGGUUCUUGUUGAUUUUUCAAUUCUACCCUUUUAAUUUCCAUGAUGAUCUAAUUUACAUUUGUUUAUUUUGUAGUCCUUUUUUGGGAUUAUAGAAAGAGAAGAAAGGUUUUCAUCUUUCACCAUGUUCAAGCAAUUCUUGAGUAAACUCCCAAGAAAAUCAUCCAAGCCUGAGUCUACGGAGUCUACUCGGACGGAGUCUCCUUCCGUUCAGCGAUGCAACAACUCAAGCCCUGCCUCUGGAGUUAAGUCUAAUGGUCCAAAAAGGACUUCAUCUGCAGUGUUUCCAGCCAGUGUUGUUGCUGGGAUUGAGCCUUUGGUGCCAUUCAAAGAUGUGCCUAGUGCAGAAAGAAUGAACCUUUUUGUAAGCAAAGUAAGCCUGUGUUGUGUAACUUUUGAUUUCACUGACCCAACUAAGAACACCCUAGAAAAAGAUGUAAAGAAACAAACUUUGCUUGAGCUCUUAGAUUUUGUGGCUUCUGGGUCCAUGAAGUUUAGUGAGCCUGCUAUUUUAGCGAUGUGUAGAAUGUGUGCUGUUAAUUUAUUUAGAGUGUUUCAGCAAAACUACAGGUCUAAUUCCAUUAGUAUGAGUGAAAAUGAAGAUAAUGAUGAACCCAUGUUUGAUCCUGCUUGGCCACAUUUACAAAUUGUGUAUGAUUUGUUGCUUAGAUUUAUCACUUCCUCGUGCUUGGAUGCUAAAGUGGCCAAGAAGUAUAUAGACCAUUCCUUUAUAUUGAGAUUGCUUGAUUUGUUUGAUUCUGAGGAUCCAAGAGAAAGGGACUGUUUGAAGACUAUAUUGCAUAGAGUUUAUGGGAAAUUUAUGGUGCACAGGCCAUUUGUUCGAAAGGCCAUAAGCAAUAUCUUCUACAGAUUUGUGUUUGAGACAGAGAAGCAUAAUGGUAUUGCAGAGUUGUUGGAGAUUUUUGGCAGUAUAAUUAGUGGCUUUGCCUUGCCGUUGAAAGAGGAGCAUAAGAUUUUCUUGUGGAGGGUUUUGAUACCUCUGCAUAAGCCAAAGUCUGUGGGGAUUUACUUUCAACAGCUGUCGUAUUGUGUAACUCAAUUUAUUGAGAAGGAGCCCAAGUUGGCUACCAUGGUCAUAAAGGGGAUGUUGAAAUAUUGGCCGAUAACUAAUAGCCAGAAGGAGGUUAUGUUUCUGGGUGAGUUGGAAGAGAUUUUGGAGGCUAUUAACAUGGUGGAAUUUCAGAAGAUUAUGGUCCCAUUGUUCUGGCGAAUUGGAUGCUGCAUUAACAGUUUCCACUUUCAGGUGGCUGAAAGAGCCCUUUUCUUGUGGAACAACGACCAAAUUGUCAACUUGAUUGCACAUAACCGGCAUGCAAUUCUGCCUGUCAUAUUUCCAGCACUAGAGAAGAAUGCUCUCAACCAUUGGAACCAAGCAGUGCUCAACUUAACUCUGAAUAUCAGAAAGAUGUUCUCGGAGAUGGAUGAGGUACUAUUCCUAUCCUGCCUUGCUCAAUUUAAGGAAGAACAAGAAAACCUAAGCUUGAUGGCUGAAAAGCGAAAGGAAGCUUGGCGGCAACUGGAAUAUGCAGCCAGUCUCAAACCCAUAACAGGAAAUACUGCAGUCUUGGUAACUCCUUUGGCUACCUCAAUUGCCUGUUGACCCCCUGUUUAUUAACCAAGGUUCUGCCUGAGUUUUUGUUUCAAUUCCCCCUCUCCUUCCAUGAAGGGUGUUGGAAGGCAGAACAGAAAAAGGAAAAAGAAAAAUGAAAAAGCAAAGGAAAAACAUGUAUGCAAAUGCUUCUGCUAUUCGGAGGGUUGUAGGAUAAAUUCUUUUUUCUUUUUUUUGGGGUACUUUGGCAAGUAGCUAUAACUUGUUCUGAUCUUGUUGUAUUUUCUGAUGCUACUGUGUGGAUGUUAAUUGCUUCCUUUAGUAAGGUUAUAGGAAGAGCCAUGCAGUGGAUUAUACAGUAAUUUUUUCUGUCUUUCAGCUAA